GCGGAGGAGGAGGCGGGGUCAGCUGCGACCAGGGCGGGCUGAAGGGAAGAGCCGUGGAAUGGCGGACGGCCGGGACGGUCCGCUUCGAGGGUGACGAGCUGAGGGGAGGAAAAGGAUAGUGGAGCCCACCAAUAAGGCGGUUGUGUGAGGAACACUGCCUGAAACCAGUCCACCAUGCCAUUAGUAACAAGAAACAUCGAGCCAAGGCACCUGUGCCGUCAGACAUUGCCUAGUGUCCGGAAUGAGCUGGAAUGCGUGACCAACAUCACCCUGGCAAAUGUCAUUCGACAGCUGGGCAGCCUGAGUAAAUUUGCUGAGGACAUCUUUGGAGAGCUUUUUACUCAGGCAACCACCUUUUCCUUUCGCGUGAGCUCUCUGGCAGAGCGAGUCGACCGCCUUCAAGUCAAAGUCACUCAGCUGGAUCCCAAAGAGGAAGAAGUGUCCUUGCAAGGUAUUAACACCAGGAAAGCCUUCAGAAGCUCCACAACUCAGGACCAAAAGCUCUUUGACAGAGACUCUCUCCCAGUGCCUGUCCUUGAAACGUACAGUGUCUGCAACACGCCACCACCUCUUAACAUUCUCUCCCCCUACAGGGAUGAUGGCAAAGAAGCACUUAAAUUCUACACAGAUCCAUCAUAUUUCUUUGAUCUUUGGAAGGAGAAAAUGCUCCAGGACACCAAGGAUAUCAUGAAAGAAAAGCGGAAGCAUAGGAAAGAGAAGAAGGAUAAUCCAAACAGAGGAAAUGUGAAUCCACGUAAAAUCAAAACCCGGAAGGAAGAAUGGGAGAAAAUGAAAAUGGGCCAAGAGUUUGUUGAGUCAAGAGAAAAACUUGGACCAGGAGGGUAUCCGUCUAACAUGGUGUAUCAGAAUGGUAGUAUUGGUUCCAACGAGAGCGUAGACACCAGCUAUUACCCACCACCUCCGCAGCCAGACUCCAUUUCACCAUCGACACCUUCGUUCACAGAUGACAACCUUCCACCACCACCAGCGGAAUUCAGCAGCUAUCCAGCGCACAACCAGAGUGGUUCAGGAGGGCUGAAGAAGCCCAACCUCGUCAGCCCGAGCCACCCCCCACCAGCUCCCCCUAUUGGUUCGCCGCAGGGGGCCAGGCCAGGCUUUGCCCCGCCUCCUGCUCCACCCCCUCCCCCACCGAUUCCCGGCGUUCCUCCACCGCCUCCACCUCCGGGCUUCCCAGCAGCAGGGAUGCCACCCCCACCGUCCCCAUCCUCAUUCCCCCCUCACCCCGAUUUUGCUGCCCCUCCACCGCCACCCCCUCCAGCAGCAGAUUAUGUCAUUGUGCCCCCUCCCCUGCUCCCCCAGCCCGGAGGAGCAGCCCCGCCCCCUCCUCCACCCCCACCCCCUCCUGGUCCCCCUCCCCUGUCUUUUGAUGGCAUGAAUGGUCCAGAAGCUCCUCUUUCUCAGCCAGACUCUGUCUCCAAGCCCAGCUCCUCCCUGCCUUCGGUUAGUGAGGCCAGAAGCGAUUUGCUUUCCGCUAUCCGUCAAGGAUUCCAGCUCCGUAAAGUAGAAGAGGAACGUGAACAAGAGAAGCGCGACACUGUGGGCAACGACGUGGCCACCAUCCUCUCGCGCCGCAUUGCAGUGGAAUACAGCGAUUCCGAGGAUGAUUCUUCAGAGUUUGAUGAGGAUGACUGGUCUGAUUAAACACCUGCCUACCUUCCAGUCUCUUCUUAAAAAGCAAAAACCCACAACUUUCCAGAUUGCCAAACCUUGUUUUGCUUUUCUCUCACUCGGUAACCAAAGAUUGAUGUACCAAGCAUUUCCAGUUAACCGCCAGCUCUUGUAUUCCAUUGAGGGGAUUGUGUUCCUCCUUCCUGUCGAGAGGGGGAAAUGAAACUAACCCCAAAUCUCCAGAUUCUCGAGGCCCCAGAACAAAGUCUAGUUAAAGAUUUCUCUUGGGUUAGAAAGAGACUUAAAAUAGCUCAACACUUCAUGCACACACAGCCUGCCAUUUUAAGAUGGCAGGCAUUUUGAAGAGCAAUAAAUCUGCAGGUAGCACUCUUUCUUUCAUAGCUGUAUGUUGGGCAUUUCAGUGAGUUGGUGACUCGCCUUCCUAUCCGGUCCAACUGUGAAAUACGAAAAGAAAAUGGUCUUAAAUUUCUGUGCGCUACUCACCCAAUUCCCACAAUCUUUUAAAAUGCUUUUUAAAAGUUUGUUGCAUUAUAUUCAGAACUGUUAGACUCUCUUGAAAAGAAGCUCCUUCUCCCCUCCCUCCCAGUUCUAUUUUGGCACUGUGCCUCCCCCUCCACAAAAAUCCUGCCUAAAUGGGAAGCAAAUGAAAGGAUACCUGCCCUGGUUACCCAGUUUAUACAUUGCCCAGCUGUUCUCUCUGAUGAUGGAACUGGGAUCUGCUGAACUGGGUAGAACAGAGGUUCCUGUGCUUUGAUCCCCAGAUGUUAGACCAACUCCCAUAUUCCCCAGCCACAAUAGAAGCUGAAGUCCAGCCACAUCUGGGGACCCAUGUUUGAGAACCCCUGGGCUAAAAGCUUCUGCCAUCUGCCUAGAACAGGACCUUGAACAUGGCUCUAUGGACUCUGACCCUGUGUUGUAGUGGAGUUACAUAAAUUGGUUUUUGCAUAGGCCAUAAGUAAGUUAAGACUGACUAUCAGUGCUUUUUGAAAUGAUCUGGAUAGAGUGCUUCUAUGCCAGAAGAUGAGUAGCAGCAAAUUCAGGCCUUCCUCGUGCCGGAGCUCUGAAGACCAAAAGGGUGUGUUCAUGGAUCAUGUCAGUCAAUCUGUAAUAUACACCCAGUCUGCCUUAACUGGCCUGUUUCAACCAUCCAGGAUUAAUUUUAGGAUGUUUGAACAUCUUUGAAAACUCUUUGAUUCCUAACUCAGUUACGGGAGUGAUUUACUGAGAGCGAGGGAAGUGCACUAGCUGGCUUGGAACUGGCCGGUUCCUUUUAAAAGGAGGAAUGCAGGUGCUUACCUGCUCCACCUCCUUGUUCCCAGCAGCCUGUGUGUGGCAUAGGCACACACAUGUCUGGGAACAAGGAAACAGCCAUUUGUGGUCUUUUGCACGCCAGUUCCUCCCUUUUUAAAGGAACUGAUCCCCAUUCAGCUUGGGUGCACCUGCCCGAACCAGUUCGGGCACCAGGCACAUCCCUUCUGAGGGCAACUGGUACUGAUGGACGUCUUAAUUUAGGUUUUUCUUUUAAGUCAAACACAGCAGCUGCUCUGGGUUCUAUUGGCCAAAAACUGUUUUGCAGAGUGUCGAAUAUGGGUCCUGGUAAGGGUAUUCUGAUCACUAGACAGAUACCAGUUUUUUCUAUCAUGCAGGUGCUGGUUCUGGGUGACAGUAGGGAUGUUCUGCCAUUUUUAGUGGUCUGAAGUUGCUCCACGUGCCUGCCCACCUGUCCUUUCUCUCUCUGACAUGACUUUUAAUAGCUUUCAUAUCCCAGAGGUAAUCUUUUUUCUUUUUUGCUGGUAGAAUUCUAAUUGGAAAGCAAACCCAUCCUUUUCCUUUGCUUUUUCUGUUGUGUGUUUCCAAACCCUGAUUACAUGUGUUUUUUAAAAAAGUCUCGAUGCCAGGAAUUGUUACAGUUACCCAGAACAUAGUGGUAUUUGGCCAAGGGAUCAGAGUGUCUAAAGCAGGCAUGGAUUUGUUUUAACUGAACCCCAGAUCCCAGUGAGAGAAUGAGGGGAGUUUAUGGGGAAAUUCUGUUCUGAUCUGGUGCUUUGCUUGUGGCACAAAACAGCCAUAAGCACAUUAUUCUAGUGUACUGUGGGGAAGGUUACAGACACUCUUUGGUGGAUUAAAAAGCCUUAAAAGCACUCUAAAUGUUAGCAUGUGCAGUGCUUUAAAAAAAUAAUUCUGGUCAGUGUAGCUUCUCUCCUUUCCACCCCUCCCCCUAAAAGAGGAAACUCGUCUUAAAGGACAUUGGAAGGCAGGAUGCUUCUGUCAUGUCGCUCUUGAAUCCUGGAAGGUUAGAGCUCACAUUCCGGCACAGAACCACUGGCUUACAAUGAGGUGAAAUGACCCGCGUCUCUCUUGUAAUGUGCGAUGUAACUCCUCCUAGUCUGUACUCUCAAUCUGUGCAAACUUUACACUUCUUUACACCCACCCCCAUCUUUGCCGUUCCAGUCAAGCAGUGAAAACAACACUUACCAAGCCCCUGGUGGGCUGCAUUCUCCUUAAUGGAACACCAGUUGUUCCGACCUGAUGUAGGAUGUCGGGCAGUCACCACUGUUUGUUUCUUAGAGGACCAGGGCAGAGGGAAAACUGGAAAUAUAACACAAAUGGAACUUGCCCUGAGAGAUCCGUUAGUGUCUGCUGAAAGCCAAAUUGAAACAGAUGCAAGGGACGAUCUCCACAAGCUGUCUGACUUCUCCUCUCCUAACUGUGGAACCUGUGUGUGUGUGUGUGUGUGUGUGUGUGUGUGUGUGUGUGUGUGAGAGAGAGAGAGAGAGAGAGAGAGAGAGAGAGAGAGAGAGAGAGAGAGAGAGAGAGAGAGAGAGAGAGAAUCUUCCUUGCAUUUCUGCUUAAGCCUUCAUUCCAGGAUUCAAAGUUCAGUAGUACCACUGCUUGAGUUUAGCAGAAAUCUACCAACGAUGCAGCCUGCAUUUUGUUGUUGUUAGCACAUAAAGUAGCAGGUGGAGUAUCUUUUCCUCUCUGUGAUUCUCUGGCUCUGUUUAAAUAGUCUCUCUCCCUGGCUGCAUUCCUGGGUGGACACACACCCUCCCCCAGUACGCAUGCUCCCACAUGCACAGAGAUGCAAAAUGCUGGUUCCAAAACCACCUACAGUAAUUUGAGUGGGUUCCUUCCCUUCCCUUCUCCAUUACAGCCAACCAAAUCCAAGGGAAGGGAAUGUUGAAUGUCCCAGAGGCCUCAGAACUUUCAGGAGAACUAGGAUUCUAAAAUGUGCCCACUUGUGACCUACCUGUCUGGGGAAAGGGGGCUGUGGUGUCGCUUUUUAACAGGCUGCCCUGCUUUCAGAGACUUUCAAACUCUGCUGUGCUUGAUUUUCUUCUAUGUGGUUUUUUAAAAAGCCAUCAUGAAAUGGGGGAGGGGGAGGGAUAGGGGUCUGAUUCAUUUUUUAAAAAAAUAUUGCAGCUUUUAAUGUGCUUCAUUUUAAUUGAUUUCCAAAAUUAACCAAUGUUUUGUUUCCUGUCUAGAAUGAUAGAUAACCUAUAUAAGUGCCUUAUGUCCUAUGACAUAAAUAUAUUUAUAAGAGAAAUUAUUUCAGAUGUAUUGCAGGGGCUAACCUAAACAAACAAACAAACAAAAUGAAUGUGGAAGGGAAGCCACCUCUUUUUAUUUUCAUUUUCCUAAAUGGUUGAUUUAUAGCAAAGACCUCUGCAGAUGUGCCUUGGUUUUGGCUGAGGAAACGGUUAGGACUGGCCUUCUUGAUCAGUAGUGGGAAAGACUGCAGUCUCUGAUCUGGCUCACACGCACUUCUCAAAACAAGGUGAUUACCAGCACGACAAACUCCCAGACAGAUGGGCAUGUGAGUUUUCACAUGCUGGUGAGGAGGUACGUGGCCAGGCAGAUUUAUUCAUUCAGAACAUACUGGUCUGGUUCUCAUGACUGACAGCUGGUGGGGGAGGGGGAAGUGGUGGUGUGCCAACCGCAGUCUGGUCAGUACAGCAUGGGACGUGCUCCUCAUCAGAACAGCCCUGCUGGAUCAGGCCCAAGGAAGCCCAUCCAGUCCAGCACCCUGUUUCCCACAGUGGCCCAUCUGAUGCCUCUGGGAAGCCCACAGGCAAGAGAUGAAGGCAUGCCCUCUCUCCUGGUGUUGCUCCCCUGCAGAUGGUAUUCAGAGGCAUCCUCAAUGCACAAUGUGUAUUGGGAACACAAUGUGGGUUGGCAGCUGACAUCUUACCAGGAUUGUGGCCAGCACACAAUCACUUCCUCCUCCCUUGAUUUUUCUUAGAAGUACAUACAGGACUUGUAGCCUGGCUGGAUGCUCCUCUGUAUCCAGUUGUCUGUCAUGAGAAUUGGCCCACUGUGUGCCCAGAAAUUAGCUGUCACCAAAGACCCGGUGGUUGUAUGAACUGGCCUUAAGUGCAGAUCCAAGCUGAGCUAGCUGAUCUUACAGAAAAUGCUGUCGUGACCGCACCCUUGUUUAAGAAGGAGGCCAGUAGCGCACACGUUUCUCCACAGCGUGACUGUCGGGUGCCAAGUUCUAGUUCAUCUUUUGUGAGGAGGGAGUAGCGCCAUUCGUAUCAGUAAGAUACUCUCCUUUUGGCACCCUCCUGCAGAAUUUGGCCCUCCUUGUUUGUAUGUUUAAUGUUUCUUGAUGGUUGCAGUUUUUAAUCCAAACUUUUAAUAUUGCUUUUGUAAUCUCUUCAGUCUCUUUCUUUCUUGAGGGACGUUUUGUAAUGUACAUGUUUCUUAAAGAUAAUUUUUACCAUGUAAACGUCAAAGAUAUGAUAAAUUCUUUCUAGCCAAUCAA